UCAUUUUGUACAUUAUGCUAAUUACCCAAAAUGGCCGCUCAACCGAGUUCGUUGAUUUCAGCAACAUCAACACUUUGAAGGUUUCCCCCGCCAAACUUUGGAAUAUCCGCAGUGUUUGAUCCUCUUAUGAGCUUCAAAGGACACAGAAGUGGCUUGAUAAGCUAUUCGUUGAAUUUUCCGAAUUUGAAGUAGACUGCGAGAGGCGUGAGAUGGACGUUCCUAUACCAAGGAUUACGUAGCUAUAGGAAGACCAUCACCACAGCCUUCGGUCACGAUGAAUGGGAAUGGUGACAAGGCGGAAAACGACCCCAUCGCGGACGGCCUAUACGACCAGUUCGUUCAGGCGUCAACGUUCCAACAGAUCUUAAGAACAUUCCGCGAGCUCUGUCAGCAUCUCGAACUAAAGAACACAGAUUACAAGAACUUUUAUAACAGAUUGAAGGCCAAACUCCAGUCAUGGAAGGCACAGGCGCUGUGGUCCAAAAUAGACAAGAGGGCAGCUCACAAGGACUAUCAAAGGGGAAAUGCCUGCCCCAAUACAAGGGUGCUGAUUAUCGGAGCAGGUCCCUGUGGUCUCAGGUCAGCUAUCGAGGUGGCCCUGCUGGGCUGUAAGGUGGUCUUAGUAGAAAAGAGAGACAGGUUCUCCAGAAACAACGUUCUCCACCUGUGGCCCUUCACUAUCCAUGACCUCAAACAACUCGGAGCCAAGAAGUUUUAUGGAAAGUUUUGCGCUGGACAACUCGACCACAUAAGUAUAAGACAGCUCCAGUGUAUCCUGUUGAAGGUAGCCCUGCUGUUAGGAGUGGAACUACAUGAGAAUGUUGGCUUUGAGAGCAUCAUCCCCCCUCCCCCUGACCAGGACACUGAGGCAAUCGGCUGGACAGCAAAGUUCACUCCUAAGGCCCACCCUGUGUCUGAGUAUGAGUUCGAUGUGCUCUUUGCGGCUGAUGGGAAAAGGAACACACUGGAAGGCUUCCCAAGGAAGGAGUUUCGCGGGAAACUUGCCAUCGCCAUCACGGCAAACUUCAUCAACCGGCACACACGGCAGGAGGCCAGGGUGGAGGAGAUCAGCGGAGUAGCCUUCAUCUUCAACCAGAAGUUCUUCCAAGAUCUGAAAGAAAACACGGGUGUUGACUUGGAGAACAUUGUGUACUACAAGGAUGACACCCACUACUUUGUCAUGACAGCAAAGAAACAGAGUCUUCUGAAGAAGGGAGUCAUCUUACAUGACUACGAUGAAACGGAGAUGCUCCUGUCCCGUGAGAACGUGAACCAGGAAGCCCUGAUGGCGUACGCCCGAGAAGCCGCAGACUUUUCCACCAAUCACCAGCUCCCGCGGCUAGACUAUGCAUUCAACCACUACGGCCAACCCGACGUGGCUAUGUUUGACUUCACGUCCAUGUACGCGGCAGAGAACGCCAGCAGGAUAGUGGAGAAACAUGGACAUCGACUGUUACAGUGUUUGGUGGGGGACAGUCUGCUUGAGCCCUUCUGGCCCAUGGGGACAGGCUGCGCCCGUGGGUUCCUGGGUGCGUUUGACUCGGCCUGGAUGACGAAACAGCUCGCGUCGGGCCAGCUGUCUCCUCUGGAGGUUCUGGCGGAGAGGGAGAGUAUCUACAGACUCCUGGCACAGACCACUCCGGAAAACCUGCACAAAAAUCUCACUAUGUACAGCAUUGACCCAAACACCAGGUAUCCGAACCUGAACUUCAAAUGGCUGCCAAAACAGGUGAUCCGCCACCUGUACACAUCAGACAAACCCAUAAAGGACGAGCCUUACAUCAUCGACAAGCCCAGACUCGCAGCACCCAACCUGCAGAGAAGUGCAUCUGUGGUGAGGCCAAACAAGCUGUUGGACUGGUCCAAACGGCAGACAGAGGGGUACAAGCAUGUCAGGGUAGAAAAUCUCACCACCUCCUGGAGAAGUGGUAUGGCCCUGUGUGCUGUCAUCCACAGAUAUAAACCAGAGCUUAUUGAUUAUGACUCACUGAAUCCGGAAGAUGUUGCCAAAAACAACCAGCUUGCCUUUGACAUAGCUGAAAAGGAGCUGGGUAUCCCACCAGAGUUGACUGGGAUGGAGAUGGCCAUCAAGGAGGUCCCCGACAAGCUGCGCAUGGUCUCAUACCUGUCUCAGUUUUAUGAGAUGUUCAAGGACACCAUUCCGCCGGACUUGGAGACCAAAACUGCCAAGCCUGACAACCUGGAGCUCCCUGACACAGAGAACGGCCCCCCUCCCACCGUCCGCUCCCCGGUGCAGAGGAUGUCUCUCCUCAGCAAGCUGGGACAGAGUCUCAGCAGGAAGAGAACACCCAAGGAGAAAGCAGAAGAGAAGGAAAGCUCUGCCAAGAGAAGAAAAGGUGGUGGUUUGUUUGGACUGUCCAAGAGACACAAGGACAAGGAUAUGACUGACUCUGUCCCACCAAUGGAAGAAGAGCCUGAGGUACUGAAGGCUAAUGGGGACGUCCCCAGCAGCUACAACAUCUCUGCCCACGCUACGGACAGGAUCAGCUCCAUGGCUGAACAGCUCAUGGCCAAGUUUGAAGGGAAGGACCCACGACAAGUGCCUAACAGUUCUCCCUUGCUCAGGCCGAAAUCCCGCGGGUUCAUGAGUCUCCAGGCCGGGAGCGACUGGUGCUUCUUCUGUGACAAGCGGGUGUACGUGAUGGAGCGUCUGAGCGCCGAGGGGCUGUUCUUCCACCGGAGCUGCUUCAAGUGCGAUUACUGCGGAUGUAUCCUUCGUCUGGGCAACUACGCGUUCGCGGCCGGCGAGGGUGUCAAUGGGAAAGACAAUAUUGACGGUGAUAAGGUUAAAAAAGGUACGUUCUACUGCAGACCUCACUUCAGGAUGCAGAAGAGAAAACGCCCUGCUGGGGAUGAUGACGAGGAUGAAGAGGAAAAGGAGAACAUCCCAACUGAAGUUGAGGAACCAGCCAGAAGAGCCAGUCUGGAAGACAAACUACUGAGUCCACCAUCAGGGGAGCCCGUCCAGAAGAGGUACCGCGCCACCCCAGAGCGCGUGGAGCUUGAGAACUACAGGAAGACGAUCUACGAGACUCAGGGCCUGAUCCCCGAGGAGACGCUCACGGAACACAACCUGAUCCAGACGGCCGGGCUAGAGGAUGAGGAGGACUAUGAGAGCUCCAGCUCCUCAGAUGAGAUGGAUUUUGAGGAGACCUCUCCCCUGGAUGUAAUGUCCUGGGCCAAGAAGGUGGAGAAUGCUGCCUCGCUAGGGAAGUCCAACCUGCUGCACAUGGACAGUAAGGACCCCUCUUUGGAUGCAGCUGAAUCAGGAAAGUCAGACAGUUUGGGUAAACUGGUCCCUAUAGAGUCAGGCGCUGAUCUAAACUGGCAUCUGUCACCAGUCUCCCCAGAAAAUAGAGAGCCCGCCCAGGAGGAAGUGAACUUGUAUGAGUCCUCCGAGGACGAGGGCCCGCCACAGUGGCACGAACCUCUCCACAUUUCCACCACUGAAGAAGAACAUGAGUCCAGUGACGAGGACGACAUCAGUCCCGUGGAAACCCGCCCUUCCGAACUUCUGUGGAGGGUGGUAGAUUUCCCUUGCCUCCCAGAAAAACCUCAGGGUGCAGUAGGAGGUGCUGCAGUGUCUGAGGAGGAGGAGGAAGAAGAGGAAGAUGAGGAAGAUGAAGAGGAGGAGGAGGAGGAGGAAGAAGAGGGCUCUGAGGAAGAAGAAGAAUCCUCAGAAGAAGAGGAGGAAGUUGAGGAGGAGGAGGAGGACCAGCUGAGUGAAGUGAGUGAAGGGGAGGUGCUGGACUGGCAGGAACCUCAGCCUGAGGAGGCCCAGAGGUAUACUAGCACUGCCAGGUGGGUCCUCAGUAGUCCCCCCCAGUCACCGCCUCCAGCCGAGCUCCACAGAGACAGGCCCCAAAUAACUGUAACUCGUCCUGAAAACGAGCAGCUCAGUCCCAACCAAGAAAAGACGCCCGAAAAACCCACUGACUUGUACUCCAAGUUGUUUGGUGGGAAGGACCAGAAAAAGGUGAAGAGUCCUAUUGGUGCUUUCCUCAAGAUCGACGAAGAAGAGGGUUAUGCUGUCAGGCAGGAACCCCCUGGGAGCCCCAAAAGGCCCAGAAGCCCCCAGAUGAGCCCCAAGAGAGUCAGAAGCCCCCAACUGAUCAGGAAGAAAGAAGAGAACAAGGAGGAACAAAAAUGGCAACAGGAGCACCAGCGGUUGAAGAACUCCAGAGAGAACCUGCUGAGGUCCAUCUUCGAGUAUGACCCAACAACCUCGGCAACAGGCCCUAGAAACUCGGAGAAAGUGAACAUUGAAUGCAAUUCCGAGGACUUGUAUAGGAGGCUGUUUGGUAAGGACAAACUUGAACUUUCUGAGGAGGAGUCAGAAGAAGAAGUGCAGGAGUUGCCAGCCUCAGAGCCGUCCACACCGUCUCCGGAACGACCAACAGAACACGAGGAUAUGGCCAGAACUCCUGAACAUCCACUGCCAAGUCCUAAACAGCCACGCGCAGAUCUUGAAGAGUCCUUUGAUGCCAAGAAGUAUCUCACCCCCGAUGGCCAGAUGCCGCAACGGUCCCGAGGACUGAAGGCUUUGGCUAUGAUGGGGGAGAGAUUUUCUCAGUUCGACAGUGAACCCGCAACCCCUACGAGACCCAUGGAGGAUUCCAGCAGGAAUUAUGUGAGUGAGGGAGAGGCACAUGAACCAAGAAGGCUGUAUGACAUACUAGGAGUAGAACAGGGUGAGUCUUAUGAUUGGGUAGAUGGCGGUUCAGCAGAGGCACCCCAGAGGAGGUAUCCAUACGCAGACAGAGGCCUGAAGUUGGAUCUAGAAGGAGUUGAAACUGGUGAAUCAAACGAUAAUGAGGUCCAUGGUGUUGAGUAUGUCUCUGGAUCAUCCUCUUCAGAAGAGGGUGUUGAUGAAGGCAAGCUUGUUCAUGCAGACUCUUUAGAAAACCUUCGCAAGAAGAAGACUCCGGAGACAAAGAAGAGCCCAAGAACUGCCAGACGGAGCAGAUUAAGAAAGGACAAGAGUCCAAGAGUUCGGACUUCGCCACCCCCACCUCAAGAAGAAAAGGACGACCUUGUGAGAACGUAUGAAGAAGCUCUUGCCAGGAGAGAAGAAGAAAGGCCACAGGAAGAGCAAGAAGCUGUGUCUCCUUCUAAGGAAUACAGAAAGAAGAAGCCCAUUGUUCUGGAGUUAACGGACUCUGCAGAAGAUGACAUCCAGAUGUACGAGGAAAGGCUGGCCAGAAUGGAAAACGAAAAUGAAGAGAAAGAGGAUGAGGAGCUAGAGAGGUAUGAAGACAAGUUGAGGAAACUUGCAGCUGAACCAUCUCCUAUCCCCUCACCUUCCCCUCUUCCCUCACCUGCAGAGUCUCCGGUUUCUUCUCCCUCUCCACUUCCAUCUCCACUUGAGUCACCCAUGGACAUCAAGAGAAUAGAGGACAUGUUGGACCAAAGGCCCAUCUCUGUUCUCGACGACAACGAAGAUGAAAUGGUGAAGACUUACGAGCGACAACUCUCACAGAUGGAGACCGAGGAAGAGGUUAAGGAAGUCAAACGUAAACUCGAACCCCUGAAGGAUAGAGAAAGUAGGGUACGGUCUCUGCCAAGGUCGGAGUCCGACUUUACUAUCUCUACACCGAGUCAGUCGUUGGCUUCGUCACCAACCUCCUCUGUAGAGAUGGAGAUGGAACCACUUCCUGUGUUGAAAGAGGAGAGAGAAGCAGCAGAAUCAAACAAGGUGGACACCAUGAACAAAGAGCUGGAGAAAGGGUUUCAGGAGAUUCAUGAUUCUCUCAUGGACUCACCAACUAAGGGAAACAAGAGCAACAGACUGGAAAGUACGUCCAGUGACCUGCCCAUGGUUACACCACCCUCGACACCUUACGGAAAAGAACUGUCUUACCUACGGUCGCCGACUACAUCGGAGCAGAAGCCUGUGUACGACAGGACAUCUACUGGAGCAAAGGUGGAGAAAUCCACUCAACUGUCUGUGGACAACGGCAGCAUCGAAGACAUUCCAUUUGUCGAUGAUGGCGAGAUCGAAAUCGAGGUCGCAAAAGGGUUCAAUGACUCUAGAGAAGAGUUCUACACGCCUCCUACAACGCAGAAGCCAAGAAGACCACUACCGUCCCUCCCUAAGGAUAUUGGUGCAUCACCAGUCAAAGUUGGUAGGCCACUCCCUCCAAGGCCUACGACAGAUGAAUCUACGAAGAAAGUGGCAACUGCGUUGGAGAAGGCGCAAACCAUUCGACAAAACCUUGAGAAACUCAAGAUGGAUGGGGAGAUGCUGUUGACUAAACUACAGUCGAAGAAGUCACCGAAGGACGCCGCUGCAGAGCGUCAAGCAAAGUAUAAGGUAGACGAGCAACCAACGGAAGCUAAACCUACACAAAGGAAAGAGGAUAAACCAAGAAAAACAAGCGAUGCCAAACCUGGCAGAGCCAGGCUGUCAGAGAUGGCCAGUAAGGUUGACAAUAGAAUAAAGAAAGAUACUGUAACAAAACCAGCAAAGAAGGAGGAGGCAGCCAAACCUACCCCCGCCAAAGCAGAAAAGACCACACGCAGACUGCCCUCUGAGGAAAUAGUAGGAAGAGCUAGACUUGCAUCCUCAGAAAGUCUCUCAAGUAGGAAAUCUUCAACAGAAAGUAUUAGUUCUUUAGGAGAGACAGCAAAAGAUAGGGAUACUAAAAGUAGCAAGGCACAGCCUGGUAGAAGAGUGUCCACAAGUAGUGCUAGUUCUAAAGAAGGUGGCAAAACACCUCAGUCUGAAGAGAAGACCAAGGCUGAAAAGAAGACAGGCUUUAGGUUACCUUUAAGAGGGAAGGAGAAGAAGCCGAGUGCCAAGACCUCUCCAGCAGCUAGUGAUCCUCUUGUCUCUCCAGCUGCCAGUAAACCUCCCAUGGGGCCAAGUGCUGCCAAGAAAAAUGUGCCAAAGACUGAAGUAAAGGGCAGACCUUCAACAGCCUCUAAACUAGCGAAAACUGCAGGCAAGGAGGGCCAAGAUGUAGUUGGUAGAAGACUGAGUAGAGAGAAUGGGGGCAUAGCUCCAGUCAAACCCAGGGCUACAAAAACAAGUGCCAGCCGAGAAAAACUUGCUGAAGGGAAGAAGCCUGUUCUUAAGGAAAGAUCGCCAAGUAAAGACAAGCUUCUUGACACCACAGACAGUGCAAAGACCAAACUUGCAUCAAAAGAGGCCAAGGCUCUUAAGAAAUCCACCAGUAAGGAAAAGUUGCUGGACUCAAAAUCAAAGGUUUCUAGACCAAGAAGUGAAAGUAAGGACUCGAAAGACUCGGUGGACUCUCGCCCAAGGAGUGAAAGUAGAGACAGCAAAGGAAGCGUCAGCUCUCAAGAAGGGAAGAGGGAUAAGAAGAAGGAGAAGACAAAGUCACCAAAGGAGUCACCAGCUUCCAGACUACUCAAGGCACUCACCCCUGGCAAGGCUAAGUCAAGGACCUCGAAAGGCGACACACUUGAGCUGUCGGCCGUCACAUCCCCUGAAGAAAGCAAACCUAAGAAAGUCAAGGCAGACAAGAAGGAGAAGAAGACAGAGAAGGGCAAGAGGAGGAGCGAGCCUAAAGACAUCAAGACAAGUACAGGUGUGGACUCACCUGAAAUAAGGGUGAAUGGGGAGAUAGUAGAUGACAAAGACCAGGUAACAGUGUCGACCUCCCCCGACUCCUUCGACAAGACCUUCCCCUUCGUCACCUACAGAAAACAGAAGGGCCCACUGCCAGACUCAGAAGCAGAGGUAACCCCCAGGUCCAGAGGUCGGGUUCCAACACGCAAGACAAGAAGAACCCAGGCUGAAAUGCUUGGAGAGUCGACAGACUCUUGUGAGGAUCUUCUGUUUGUCACCAGGGACAAGAUGCCUAGCAGGACCCUUAAGGAAUUUGAGGAUCGCAAGGCUCUCCACGAGGAGGAACUUAAUGACAAGAUCACCAAGCGAGUCCAGCGUGCGGCUCGUCGGCAGGCGCGUCAGGAGGAGCUGAAGCGGCUGCGUCGAGCGCAGGUGAUCCAGAGACAGCUGCAGGAGGUGGAGGUGAAGCAGAGGGAGCUGGAGACCCGCGGGGUGCAGCUGGAGAAGGCUCUCAGGGGGGAGUCAGACUACUACAACAUCUUACACAAGCGACCGGCAAGCCCCUCUUUGCUAAAAUGUUGUUUCACUGGCCUAGGAGAAGACCAGGACGAGGCUAAACUGAUGCAGGAGUGGUUCCAGCUGGUUCAGGAGAAGAAUGCGCUGGUCAGAUACGAGUCUGAGCUCAUGGUGUAUGGGAAAGAACUGGAGCUGGAAGACAGACAAGGUCGUCUGCAACAGGAGCUCAGAGAGAGGAUGGCAAUCGAUGUUAUUGAGCAUCUCCGACCCUUUGGCAUAUUAGACCUUGUAAUAGACUCCAAGAAGACCCCCGAGGAGCUUGCUGAGGAGAAGAGAAUCCUGGAUGAGAUGCUGGAGGUGGUGGAGCAGAGAGAUGCUCUGGUGGCCAUGCUGGAGGAGGAGAGGCUAAGCCUGGAAAGCGAAGUGUCCAAACUUAGCCAAGCAAUUGACCAAGAUCAGAUGAUGGACACAGCUCUCCAUUCGCAACCCCAAAAGGAACAACCCAAAGGGAGAAGGAGGAAGACAAGGAUCUUGAGUCUGUGAUGCUGUCGAAGGGACUUCAGUACCGGGAGUGGAGGAACAGCGCCAUCCAAACUGCCAAGUUCUGAUCCUUCUCAACAGGGACAUGUGGUAUAUACCUGGACCUGAUGUACAAAAAUGUACAUCUUGUCUAUGAGUGGGGAUUUGUAUAGUAGAAUGUGGAUUGGUACAUGUACCCCAUUCAUGUGAAAACAACAGUGAAAAAUGCUGUGUCUGCAAGAACUGUCCUCAGACAACCCACCUACCAAAAGAUACUACAUGUAGUAGGUUUGUAAGGAACAAAGUUACUUGUGUCCACUAGCUCUUUCUUGUUGCUCACAUGUUGACAUACCCACUUAUUCCUAGGACAGCAUAAUCUGUUUACUCAACUUAGUAGUUGAGGAGAGCUUUAUGCAAGGAGUCCUUGCUUUAUGCUAGGAUAUAAGAAAUGUCGAUUGCAUCUGGUUGCCAUGUCCUUGGUUACACAUGUCAAGUUUGGGUGCUGGUAUCCAACAUUUUGCUGGAUAGACAUGUACCAGUUAUCCAACCCUUGUAUUGGACUGGGCAUUUAUUUGACAAGGUACACAUGUCAGAUAUUUCUUGGAAUAUCUUGUACAUGUUCAAAAUGUUCUCAACAUUGCGUAUAUCAAAUAUAGAUUGGAAUCUUUUCUUGACUGUUAUCUCAUAUCAGCAGAAUGCCAAACAUAGUCUUCAUAUUCAUACAAUGUUUAUUUACGUUCCCUUGUGCCAGCAUUAUGUAAUGAAAUAUAUUGUGCUGUCAGGAAACAAUUGUAUAGACCUAAGUAAUAAUGUAAGUUUUUUUUCUUCAUUUCUAUUUCCUAGUAGGAAUAGAAAGUGUUGAAAGUAUAAGAAAAUAGCAUGAUUCACUUCCCUUAUAGGGGAUGAAAUAUAUCAUUUUGUUCAAAGUGCAAGGAAGACAAACACGAAAAUGUGCAAAUAAUUUUGCCAAAUACCAAUUUUGUACAGUUUCUGAUUAAAAAGAAUACUUGCACUCUGUAGGUAUUCCUCAAGUUAUAAGAUUGCCAACUUUGUAUUUUCCUGUCACAGUCUUAAACUACUUUACUGCCUUGCUGUUGCACUGCAUCUAUGUUGUAUUUGUUGUGAUAGAAAAGCAUUUUCUGUGAAUAGAAUUGUGCAAAGCAGUGGUACUGUAAUUGUAGGGCUUUCAGUAUUGUCCAACAGACCUAUUCCAUAGCCUUUCCCACCUCCAUUAAAACAUAGUUUUGCAAGACAAAAAGUUAGAGGUUCAUGUUUAAAACUUUGAUAGAUAUACACAGCUAUUCUCUCAUUGGCUGAACUGUUAAUUACUACUCUCCCAUUGGCUGAACCUCCAAAUGCCACUCUCCCAUUGGAGGACUGCUAAUUUUGAUUGACAGGCCAAUGCAGUCUAUUACACAUACAUGUACCCAAGAGAAAGUUUCAGUGUAUAGGGUACUUGCUUAUAUGCUACAGGUCCAAUAUAGAUGGUUCAUCUUGUAUGUAAACAAAGCCAUACGUUCUUGCAUUUAGAAACCAUUGUUUAGAUUUUCUAAUGAUUUUGUUGCGAAUUGAAAAGAUGUUGGUGUAGAUUUACUGAGAAUGAUUUGUAUGAAUCAUGGAGGUUAUGAACUUCACUCUAGAUGCAACAAAAGUACAAAACAGCCUCCUAUUGCCAGAUUUGACAGAAAAUAGUGUAACUAAUUGUUUGAUAAGACAGGAUAUGAUAUGGAAUAUGAUGGUAAAGUGUAUAGUACAACGUCAGUGUAGCUUACAAAGAGUGCUAAACUUAUACUCUAUCUGUGUAUAUUGAUACCUGUGAUAAUCACAGAAAUGCAAAUGCUCUUUUGGGUAGACUUUUUUCUAAGAAAGUCAAUGUUACGAUCUUUGAAAAAAAAUUCUUGUUUAAUGCUAUAAGACGUAGUUUAGAAAUGUUUAAGGAGCGCAAUUGCUCCAUAAACUUUUUUCUACUGUCUGUCAUAAUGUUGAAAAGUAUUGUGAAUGUAACAAUAGAAACUAUAGAGGCAUUUGCCAUUUUCAAUUAAGAUGCAAAGAGAUAUAGAUGCACAAGUAGUAGAUUGUUAUAGAACAAUGAAAGUUAAAUCCAACAUGUGCUAGAGUUGUUAUUGUACAUGUUUGUAACUACAAGUUAAACUCUGCUAAAUGUGAACUCUUUGCUGCCAAUUCAGUUGUCCUUUGCUUCGCGGAAGUGUGGAUGUGGGAAUGGAACUGUGUUCAAAGUGUAUGUAUUUAUUGCCUAAAAUGUCUGAUAAAAUGUUGUAUAGCAGAGGAUAUGUACGUUAGCAUGAGUGCCGGGUCUCUUAGUGUCUUCCAAUUUUGCUACUUCUGACAUGUAUACAAUUUGUUGUAUUCGUAAUAAAACGAGCCUUGCUAUGCACAUCGUUUUCUAUAGAACACCUUGUACAUUUUCAAUGUGUUUGUCUUUUGAUGCUGCCCUGUUGGAAAGAUAGAUGAAUGUAGAAUAAAUUUGAUGAUUACCA